AAGUUUCAUUACGUUUAAACAACAACAUGGCUCAAGCGGCGCACUUUUCAGGCUCCGAGGGUGUUUCAGGGGAAAAUGCAGGAACUUCAGCCGCGGAGGGAGGCAGCGGGACACCGGGGACAGGGGGACAGGACAACCCGGUGUGUCUGAUCGUCCUGGGCAUGGCGGGUUCCGGGAAAACCACGUUUGUUCAGAGGCUGACAGCUCAUCUCCACACUCAGAAUGCUCCACCAUAUGUCAUCAAUCUGGACCCUGCUGUCCAUGAAGUGCCAUUCCCGGCUAACAUUGACAUCAGAGACACAGUCAACUACAAAGAGGUGAUGAAGCAGUACGGCCUUGGACCAAAUGGGGGCAUUGUCACGUCUCUCAACCUGUUCGCAACCAGGUUUGAUCAGGUCAUGCAGUUCAUUGAGAAGAAAAAACACAAUCACAGAUUUGUGCUGAUCGACACACCGGGUCAGAUUGAAGUAUUCACAUGGUCAGCAUCUGGCACUAUCAUCACAGAGGCUCUGGCCUCCUCUUUCCCCUGUGUAGUGGUUUACGUCAUGGACACAUCUCGCUGUGUCAAUCCUGUCACAUUUAUGUCCAACAUGCUGUAUGCCUGCAGUAUCCUCUACAAGACAAGACUACCCUUCAUAGUGGUUUUAAAUAAGACGGAUAUUAUCGACCACGGCUUUGCAGUGGAAUGGAUGCAGGACUUUGAGGUUUUCCAGGAUGCUCUCAACCAGGAGACCUCAUACGUGAGCAACCUGACCCGCUCCAUGAGCCUGGUCCUGGAUGAGUUCUACACCAACCUCAGGGUAGUGGGGGUGUCUGCAGUCACAGGCAGUGGUCUGGAGCAGCUUUUUGUCCAAGUGGAGGAGGCAGCAAAAGAAUAUGAGAGGGAGUACCGUCCUGAGUAUGAGCGGUUGCGCAAAGAGUUGGCCCAGGCUCAGAGCAAGAAGCAGCAGGAGCAGCUGGAGCGCCUCCGGAAAGACCUGGGAGAGGUCAAAGUCACCCCAGCAGUCUCCACAGAAGAGGCAGACAUGGCUGGUCCCAGUGACCUGAUUCUGACCCGAGGGCACAUUGAGGAGGACGAGGAGGAGCCACUGGAUAGUGACACAGACGACUUGGACCACACUGCCACUGAGGAAAGCAAGGAAACUGAAUCCUUUGGAAACUUCCUGAAGAAUAGGAUGGAAGUGGUACAAGUGAGAAACAAAAAGUGUGCUCCACCGGACGGUUAGUGAGACCAUCUGUGCUCGCAGUCUGUCCCCACACACAGAGAAAUACAUGGAAGUUUGUAAUCCUUCUGAACUGGUGAUUCCUACUCUUCGAGCUUAGACAGCUUUUAUAUUAGCUACAAAAGAUUCUAUUUUUGUAUUUGUAAGUCUUAUUAUUAUUUAUUUUUUUGGUUUUGCUUUCAUGACCUGGUAUUGAUACUUUGUAGUGACGUCUCGCUGGGAAGGGUUCUGCAUGUAUGUCUAUGGAGGAAUGUACAGCAGUUACCAUGGUGACACAAUGCACCCUGAUAAGCUUUUAUAUGGUCUGAAAAUUCAAGAAAUGUAAACAACAAAAAUAAGGGUAGAUAGCUUGUUUCUGUAAUGUUAUUUGAAAAGGUUUAAGUACAAAAUUUGUUUUAGUUCCAGCUAAAUUGUGUCUUUAUCAGAUUAAAUUUGAGAUUAAAGUGUUACUUGAGUGAAAGAGCAUCAGACAGAGCAGUGCCUCCAGUUGGCAUCACUCACAAGGAACACUGACGACAUCAGCUGCAAAGUAUCAGUUAAUGUUACCUGACCUGUUGUGAUUUGUCCAUGACUGACCUCCUCCCUUCCUCUAUACCAAGGUUCAAAAUUCCUCUAAUAACACAAUAAGAGUAAGGCAGUAUUGGUCGGGAUGCAGGAGCUGUUUUUGAUUUGUGCGGGUGACACAUUGUCAAGAAGGAUUGCAUCUCUCUCUCUUCUAAAGUGAAAAUAAAUAUCACUUUGACUUUUA